AAGAAUUAUGACAUUUGACUUCAAAAUUAACUUGCGUGUGAAAUAUAAGAAAAUGUAAAUAGAAUAUACAAAAAUGUUUAAAUAAAUAAAAUGUACACAAAAUUGAAAAGAAAAUAUUUAUAAAGUAUCAAAUAAAUUAUAAUGGUUGUUGGAGCUAUACUUCUAACCGGCGCGUCACUUACGGCCAGUGUACUAGUCUUACAGGUGGCUGUAUUACCUCUCCUUUUUAGGUAUAGCAAGUCGGUACAAAGGAAAAUGGUGUUUUCUAAUUGCAUUAAUUAUCCAAAAAAUUUGGAUUUCGAAAACCCACAAAGCUGUAAUUUAGUUGGGGGAAGAAAUUUUAACAUUGUGUUCGAAUCAGUGGUUGACAACUGUACAAUCAAACUAGGCGUAUGGCACAUUGUCCCCUGCUCCUUAUUCCGGGAACUGUUCGUUGUGCAUGACUACCUCUCAAUAGAUCAGCGGCUGUUGAACGAGCUCAGGAAGACUAGAAACACAGUAGUGUUGUAUUGUCAUGGUAACUCGAACCACCGAGCGUCACCACACCGUCUCCAGAUGUACAAGGUGUUCCAGGACCUGAACUUCCACGUCAUCACGUUUGAUUACAGAGGUUACGGAGACUCGACCCACGUCCGUCCGACCGAGGGCGGCGUGGUUGAAGACGCCCUCCAGGUGUACAACUGGAUCAUGAACAACGUCCGGCAGAACGAGCAGCCAACAGUCGUGUUGUGGGGUCACUCGCUGGGAACAGCUAUAGCUGCUAACCUGGUCUCCAACCUGGACGGCCUGUGUAGUUCCCGGGGCGUGUGUCUUCCGCCGCCGAACGCGCUCGUCCUGGAGGCGCCUUUCAACAACCUCCUCGACGAGAUCGAAUGCCAUCCGUUCUCGAAGCUGGUCUCCUGGCUGCCGUACUUCCGCGGCUCGUUCGUGAAGCCGUUCAUGUCUUCGGAGCACACCUUCACUACAGACUGCUACUUGUCCCGCGUCCCCUCGUUGCCCAUACUGAUGCUACACUCGCGGGGAGACAGGAUCGUGCCUUACGACCUCGCUUGUAAGCUCCACGAGUGCAUAAUGACCUCGAGGUCAAAGGGCGGCGCUCCACUGGUGUUCCACUCGUUCGACCGGGGACACAACGACCUCUGCGAGGACCCCGACCUGCCCGCAGUCGUUGCGAAUUUUUUGGAACUCGUCAAGAAGAAGAGAAAUAUGUGAAUAAUAACGUUGUAUAGGAAAUAAAAAAUAUAAAAAGAUUUAAUUACAAAACACAAUAGUUCCUUAUUUCAUACGCAAUAAGGUUCGCAAUGUAUUGUUUGUGUUUCCCCAACUAUGAAGCCACUAGGCCACAUGUUGUGAUAUCCCGCUGUGAUGAUUUGCUGAGCCCCAAAUGAUGAAACAAGUGUCUAGUGUAGAGCUGAUGGUGAGAGUAGCGACAUCAGGUUGAUGAGAUCCACAUGUGGUUUAUACAAACAGACCGACAGAUAAAAAAU